UGAAAGGACAAGAAAGACGUCCUGUAGAGAAGAGGAAGAUGAUGAAGAAGACGACGACCUCACAUUACGACGAAACGUUUCUGGUACUGAAAAAGAGGAACAACGGAACAGUUGCUGAAGAAAUGAACUCAACAGUAGCAGCUGCGGCAACUCCCGGAGCACCCACCCUCAGGCCGAGCUCCGACAGUUUUCGAGCCGUCCACAUGGCAUCUCCUCUUAUCAUUUUUGCCCUUCUCCUUUCCUACUCUUACCCAUUCGUCUUCAUGGCGAGCAUGGCGCAAAAGAAAGUCACGUCGGACUUUCUGGACAUUGCAAUCAGCGUUGUGUCUGGCGUAGGUCUCGUGCACUGGCUCCUUCGCAUGGUACCCUACACGAAGAUGAUCAACGAGCUAAUGAGCUGCAAAGUACAUGCGGACAGCCUCGUCGUAGGAUUGGGAUGCCUCAGUGCCUACGCCAUGAACUGCAUCAUUGCUAUGGCCACAGACCAAUGGCUUCUAAAGACUGGCAAAAGUAUGCGUCAGAAGUACAGGCAAGGUUGGAAAGUUCAACGAUAUGUUCCGUGGAAUGAAGGGUACUUGUACAAGGUACGAUCUCUGUCCGGCACCGUGUACCUAAUGCUCGUCCUCACAGCGAGCACGUUUGCAUUCGUGGACGGAUUCAGCAUCGGUGUGUUCAUUCAAAAGGGCACGAAGCUGCUCUACCCUGCGGUGGCGCAAGAGAUGUUGGCGUCAACAAUGCUGGGCGUGUUGGCACUGAGGACUCGCUGUACGAGGCUCGAGGUCGUCCAAAACGAGGUGAUCUUUGCGUCCGCCAUGAGUUCAGGAUUGCUGUUUGGAGCAAGCGUUGGCGAGAAGGGCAUGUAUCACCUUCGUUACGCUGUCCUGGGCACCGUUGCUUCGUUGUCCUCCGGCAUGUUUAUUGCGGUGGUCUUUGGCCAAGUCGUUCUACCAGAGAUCAUACGGAGAGAUAGAGGAACAAGCGUGCUUGCGAUGACAUUGGGGGCGCUUAUUUCGGGCGCCUUAGUGUUUCCUAUGUUUGACAUCUGAUGCAUUCUUCAGGUGCGUCAGUUUGUGUGUCCAGGACUUCGUCUACAGUUCGUAGUCGAACCUUCGCAUACUGGCUGGUGCAUUUUAUGCUAUGAUUCGACCCAGUAAAUAUUGUGAU